CGGGCGGGCCGCGCGCCGCUUCCGUAGCCGCCCUGCGCACCGCCUAGGCGGCGUGCUCAUGCCCUGUCCGCUGCCCACGCUGCUCAGAGCCACCCGCGCCGCGCUGCUGCUACUAUCGCCGCCCAGGGUCGUCGCCGCGUCCGUGUCUCAGCGGCUCCUCAGCGUUCCCGCGCAGCCCGCAGCCUCUCGGAGCAGCAUGGACAGCGCCGAGGAGCUGCUGGCCCCACUGCGGCUUGCCGUGCGCCAGCAGGGAGACCUUGUGCGCAAGUUGAAAGAAGAUAAAGCCCCACAGGUGGAUGUGGACAGAGCGGUAGCUGAGCUCAAGGCCCGGAAGAGAGUUCUGGAAGCGAAGGAGCUGGCGUUGCAGCCCAAGGAUGACAUCGUAGACAGAGCAAAAAUGGAGGAUACUUUGAAGAGGAGGUUUUUCUACGAUCAAGCUUUUGCUAUUUAUGGAGGGGUCAGUGGCUUGUAUGACUUCGGACCAGUAGGAUGUGCUUUGAAGAACAAUAUCAUCCAGACCUGGAGGCAGCACUUCAUCCAAGAGGAGCAGAUCCUGGAAAUUGACUGCACCAUGCUCACCCCUGAACCAGUUUUAAAGACCUCUGGCCAUGUAGACAAAUUUGCUGACUUCAUGGUUAAAGAUGUGAAGAAUGGAGAGUGUUUCCGUGCUGACCACCUGCUGAAAGCUCAUUUACAGAAACUGAUGUCCGAUAAGAAGUGUUCUGCCGAGAAGAAGUCAGAGAUGGAAAGUGUCUUGGCCCAGCUUGAUAACUAUGGACAACAAGAACUUGGGGAUCUUUUUGUGAACUAUAAUGUAAAGUCUCCCACAACUGGCAAUGACCUGUCUCCUCCGGUACCUUUUAAUUUAAUGUUCAAGACCUUCAUUGGGCCUGGAGGAAAUAUGCCUGGAUAUCUGAGACCAGAAACUGCUCAGGGAAUUUUCCUGAAUUUCAAGCGGCUUUUGGAAUUCAACCAAGGGAAAUUGCCUUUUGCUGCUGCCCAGAUUGGGAACUCCUUUAGAAAUGAGAUCUCUCCUCGGUCUGGACUGAUCCGAGUCAGGGAAUUCACAAUGGCAGAGAUUGAGCACUUUGUAGAUCCCACAGAGAAAGACCAUCCCAAGUUCCAGAGUGUGGCCGACCUCUCCCUUUAUCUGUACUCGGCAAAAGCGCAGGUCAGCGGACAGUCUGCUCGGAAGAUGCGUCUGGGAGAUGCUGUUGAGCAGGGUGUCAUUAACAACUCAGUAUUAGGCUAUUUCAUUGGCCGCAUCUACCUCUACCUCAUGAAGGUUGGAGUAUCUCCUGAGAAACUCCGCUUCAGACAGCACAUGGAGAAUGAGAUGGCCCAUUAUGCAUGUGACUGCUGGGAUGCUGAGUCCAAAACGUCCUAUGGCUGGAUUGAGAUUGUUGGGUGUGCCGACCGUUCCUGCUAUGACCUGUCCUGUCAUGCUCGAGCCACCAGAGUCCCACUAGUAGCUGAGAAGCCUCUGAAGGAGCCCAAAACAGUUAACGUCGUACAGUUUGAGCCCAAUAAGGGAGCAGUGGGCAAGGCGUACAAGAAGGACGCCAAGCUGGUGAUGGAGUACCUCAGCGCCUGUGACGAAUGCUACAUUACAGAGAUGGAGCUGCUGCUGAAUGAGAAAGGGGAAUUCACUAUUGAAACCGAAGGAAAAACAUUUCAGUUAACGAAAGACAUGGUCAGUGUGAAGAGAUUCCAGAAAACACUACACGUGGAAGAAGUUGUUCCAAGUGUAAUUGAGCCCUCCUUUGGCCUGGGCAGGAUCAUGUAUACCAUAUUGGAACAUACAUUCCAUGUCCGAGAGGGAGAUGAGCAGAGAACGUUCUUCAGUUUCCCUGCUGUGGUUGCUCCAUUCAAAUGUUCUGUCCUUCCGCUGAGCCAAAACCAAGAGUUCAUGCCAUUUGUCAAGGAAUUAUCGGAAGCUCUGACCAGGAAUGGCGUGUCUCAUAAAGUGGAUGAUUCCUCUGGGUCCAUUGGAAGGCGCUAUGCAAGGACUGAUGAGAUUGGCGUGGCUUUUGGCAUCACCAUUGACUUUGACACAGUGAACAAGACCCCCCACACUGCAACGCUCAGGGACCGAGACUCCAUGCGACAGAUAAGAGCAGAGGUCUCUGAACUGCCUGGUGUGGUCCGUGAUCUGGCCAACGGCAGCAUCACUUGGGCUGAUGUGGAGGCCAGGUAUCCCCUCUUUGAAGGGCAAGAGACUGGCAAAAAAGAGACAGUAGAGGAAUGAGAGCAGCUGGCAGCUCGUGAUGACUGUGCUAAUGAAUAACUAUCAUGUCCACUACACAGGAAUUGUGACUGCGUCCAUGGACUGUAUUCUCGUCAGUGGCUGCUUAAUUUUACCCUUGCAUUAAAGUUAAAGGAAUUCUGAACAAAGUUA